AUGGAUAAAGUGUUUCCCGAUGAAGAUUAUUUAUUUAAAGACAGUUUCUCUGCUAAUAAAACAUACACUUUUUUUGGCCAGGUUAUUAAAGAGGUUUUUGGAGGGGAUUUGGGAGUCGCCGCUUCAGUGUGGGACGCAGGAAUCCAGCUGUGUGAGUUUUUGGAGCGAGAGCGUGUGGAAGUGUGUGAGAAGCGUGUGCUGGGACUCGGGGCAGGAAGUGGUUUGGUCAGCAUCCUGGCUGCUCGAUUAGGAGCAUGUGUGACGGUGACGGAUCUCCCUCAGGUUCUCCCCCACACCAUGAGGAACAUCAACUCUAACACGCUGCUGACCGGUUGGCCGUCCAAACCCCCCGCCGUGUUGCCGCUGCUCUGGGGUCAUGACCUUGAGCGGGUCUCGUCUCAGUGGGAUCUGGUGCUCGGCUCGGACAUCGUCUACAUUCCUGAGACGUUCCCUCUGCUCCUCCACACCCUGGUCCAUCUGAGUAAAAGUGGCGCUGUGGUUUAUUUCUCCUCGAAAAUGUGCAGAGAACACGGAGCUCAUGAGUUCAACCACACACUGCUGCCUCAGAGCUUCCAGGUGGAUCUGGUGCACAGAGACACUAAAAAAAACAUCAACAUCUACAGAGCCAUGCUGACCAGGGCACAGGAACUAAAGCCGUGGUUGGAGAAGCUGAGAGCCAAUGAGAUUGCAGGAUUUAAGAUCCUGAAGCUUGUGGUCAAAACAGUGCAGUGGUCACUUCCUGGUGUUGACCAGCUGCAGUCUGCUGACGCUCGGGUUUCUCUUCACUCCCUCGAUCCUGUUAGUUCCGCUGAGUUUCAGAUAAAAGCACUGAGUUUAUCUUCACACACUGAUGUCACUGAAUCUUCAGGAGUUUCUCCACGCUGGAGUUCUGUGUGA